AUGGUCGGCAUCCCCUACCUCAAGCGCAAACUCGACGAGGGCUACGACAUCCAUGCUGCCCCCCACGCCUCCCUGAUCACCAGCGGCGGCCCCCGCUACGACCCCAGCGACGACCUCCCCCCACACCCCUCCCUCAAACAGCGCCUCCUCCACGCCUACAAGUGGUUCCUCCGCAACGUCUACCCCUCCGUCAACGCCGCCUACUACUUCUCCAUCCUCGCCUUCAACCUCGCCUACCUCUUCGACAACACCAAGUACUCCUCCCCCUUCCUCUGGCUCAUCGGCACCCGCAUCCGCCGCCUCGGCUCCGCAGACCACAAGGCCAUCGCCGCCGUUCUCGACCCUAAACCCGCCCCCGGUGGCGCCGCCCGCGCCCGCCCCGGCUCCGGCCUCCUCGGCCUCCUCAGCCCGCAAAACCUCUACCCGCAGCUCCUUACCUCGCUGCGCUACUUCCUCCCCGCUUCCAUCUUCGCCCUCAAGUUCCUCGAAUGGUGGCACGCCAGCGACUUCUCGCGCCAGCUCGCCCGCAAAGCCACAGAGGUCCUUGAUCUCCCCGCCCCCGUCGCAAACGGCAUGGUCUCCCCCGCCGAGCGCAAGCGGCUCGCCAAGGAGAGGCAGAAGAAGAAGGCGGAGCAGGAAAAGUCGCAGGAGCCCGACUCGCCCCGCAAGUCCGCCCUCAAGUCGUGUCUGAAGCGCAGACAGCCGCCCAUCUCGGCGACCUCGUAUCUGCCCAUCUUUACCGUGCCCUUGCCGCCUAUUGACUCUGACGCCGCGUCUACCUGUGCGAUCUGUCUGAAUCCCCUGACGAACCCCACCGCCUGUCAGACCGGCGGCAGCUUGAUUUUAUGA